UUGGAGUUGAGAUAUAGGAGCCUGAGCGGAAACCAUGAACGUCUCUCACCCCGACAUGUUUUUUUUCCCCUCCUCCACAGACCGGCUUGUUUCCCUCCAUCUCUGCCUUUCUCGCAGUGCUCGGACGUUGCGUUAAGGUCAGGAUCAGAGUCCAGAUCUUGGGGAAAUUUGAGGAAAGUCAUACGACAUAUAAACCUUUGAGGGGCAGUACAAGAAUUUAAAUAGAGACGAUAGACAAUUUUCCGCCUUUGUGCAGUUGUUUUGAAACUACAGUAAAAUGGAUCCAAUGACUCAGUCCGCCCAGAUAUCAUCGUCGCAAGGGUUUGCCGAUGGGCAAAAUUCUGCUGCCAAAGAAUCGAAGCUAUCCGAUUCCUUUCUUUCCUCUUCGCCUGUAUCUCUCAUUCAGUCUCCUCAAGACAAAAGAGUCGUUAUGGGCUCCGACAAGCCCUGCGAAGGUAUAGCAACAUCCCUUCGCUUUCCUUCUCAACCUGGCUCAUUCACACCUGGUCAUUAUGGGAGUGAAGCAGGGCCGCCAGAUGGACAACCAGCUUCACCGAUAAAGACAUCUCCUGUUUCGGAGCGAAUAAAGGCACUGGAAGCUCUUGCUGCCAAAAAGAAGGAACCUGAUUUUAGAAGUGAUGGAGGUUUCUCUCACUUCAGAGACCGCCACAAUGAAAAAUCUCCCACUGAGACUCAAAAAUCUCCCACAGAGAAAAUUGUGCCAGCUUUCCAGAAAAAAGGUUCUGCUGAUAAAGAGUCACCGGAAUCCCCUUUUGAAGAUCUUGGAGAUUUAAGACAAGUGAAUGAAUUUGAGGAAACAGAAGAGUGGAUGAAGGCUCAUUUACCUCCUGUGCCAGACUUUGAUACUGCAGAUUUAAGUAAAGGCACCCUGACUUCAGACACUGUUACAUCAAAGGAGGAGACGGAGACUGAUAUAGUUAUACCUGAUGUUCCCACUGCCUUUGCUGGUUUCCCUGAUGCUUUCAUGGAUUCUCCUAAUGAAACUUCAGAACGAAAGGAUGAGUUCAAUGAUUCACAGAAGCAGCCAAGUGUUGAGGACGAGUCUGAGUUUGACCUUCGCUUUUUGCCAACAGCUUACAUGUGGGAGCAGGAAAAAUCAGGUAUCCAAGCUGGAGCAAAUCUCGAUUCAGAGCUUUCAAAGCCUGCACCUCCUGCAGGCUUUGGCUCGCCAUCUCCUCCUGUCUCCCCACCAACUGACAUGAAUUCUGAACAGAAUGUUUUGAUUGAAAAGAAGACAACUUGGACUGGAGAUCUUGAGCCCCCAGAGGCAAGUGAAGCAGAAAGCUCAGGAGAGUCAGAUGACACUGUCAUUGAGGACGGUAUAACUGUUUCUGAAUCUCUUCCCCUUGCAUCCUCUGACCCAGCUUUUUCGAAUGAUCCUACUGCUACCCCUGCAUCCGCAACUCCUGAUCUUCCCUCUGAGGAAAAGGAGACCCCUCCACCGAAGUAUGAGAGGAAGCUAAUGCAGGUUCCAACAAUCAAUGUUAUUGAGACAGAUGAGCCAAAUUACAGUGAAGAGGAAAUGGAAAUGGAGCUUGAAGCAGAAGAAGAUGAGGAUUAUCAGGUUGUAACAGACUCAGCCAGAGAGGCUCCAAAAACCCCAGAACCAGAGCUAGAGGACAGUAAAAAUGAACCCCCCAAGACUCGCCCCUUAGAAACUGAAUUCAUCGAAGGCUACUCUCCUCCAUCCUCGCCUGUCGACUCUGAUGUUGAAUACACUCCCAAACACAGGAUAUUCAAAUCUCUUCCAGAAACAGUCCACCAGGAAUCUACAUCCAAGCCCAAUGCCCUACCCAAUCCAACGGAUUCAAAGGACUCAGUAUCUGACUUUUCCCAAACACAAUGCGAAAACUCACAGACCACUUUCAAUAAAGUAAAAGAUGAACCCUCUCCUCCUAUAGUCACAAAAGAAGAAGUUGACUUCCCAGACAAUGAUGACGAAUGGUCAGAUGAAGCACAAGCUAUCCUGGUCAAACCUUGCAGGACUGAUCUUGCGUCCAAGGAACCAGCUCCCUACACCCAAUCCAGAAUGGAUGAAAAGAGCAACACAGCUGUAAGAGAGACUUUAAUGGAGACAGCUUCUCUUUCUAAAACUAGCUUUAUGCAAGAUGAUAUUUUUGACAUACAGUCCUUUGAUUAUGAUUAUGAUGCAUCCUCUCCCCUGGAUGACAUUGAUGACAAAGGGCGAAACAACACUAAGCAGUUUCAUUCCGAUCCUUCUGAAAUCCACAUGGAAACACUGAAUACAAGUAUUGCACAAAAUGACAGUCAGGACACUCAAAAUCUGGACGACCUCACUUCACUGAAUGAUGGUGAGACACUAAGCAGCAACAGUGAGCAAGAUUUCAAUAAGAAAAUGACCACUGACAUUGUUUUAGAUAUCAUGGAAAAUGGAAAGUCCACCCCAACAUUGAAUAUGGACUCAAAGAUCCAGGAGGACACCAAAGCAGGUCACCAUGCACCAGACGCAACAAGUAACCCAGACAGCAUUGACCCUGACAGGUCCGUUUCUGAGCCUACGGAUAGCUUUGUGGAGUUCAUGCGAGAGUGCCUGAAAUCUAGGCAGGAUGAAGAACCCGACAACGUACACCAAAGUGUUCCCUCCAAGACAGACUUCUACAAAACUGGUUCGUCUACCUCCCAGUCCCCUCCAACAAUGGUGAUGGAUCUUGAACAAGAACAGCUUACUAUCAGUGCUCUCAAAGAGCUGGGCAGCAGUCAAGAGGAGGAGGAGGAGGAGGAAGUGGUGUCUCUCCAGUUGAAGGUUCCUGACCAGGACAAAGCUAACCCCAGUGCUACAUCUAUACAGAAGUCUUCCUUUACCUCAGUUCCUAACCCUCCAUGUUCCCAAAGUGACCAUGCUUUUGACAGCACGUAUUCCAAAGAGGUGGAAGCCAUUGACGAAUGGGUAGCUGAAGCCUAUCAUCUUGCUGAGCAUGUCUUGACAGCAAUACUAACCCACUUAUCAGUUAAGGAUCUGAUCCACUGGCGAGACCCCAAGAAGUCGGGCUUGGUGUUUGGUCUGUCCAUGCUGCUGCUGCUGUCGCUGGCAGCCUUCAGCGUCAUCAGCGUGGUCUCCUACCUGCUGCUGGCCCUGCUCUGUGUCACCAUCACCUUCCGCAUCUACAAGUCUGUUGUCCAGGCCGUGCAGAAGUCUAAUGAUGGACACCCCUUCAAAAUGCUGAUAGAUAAGGAUGUCAGCAUCCCCCCAGAGACUUUCCGCAAGCACGUGGACGCCAGUCUGACCUACAUCAACCGAGCCCUAAAGCAGAUGAGCCGCCUCUUUCUGGUCGAGGACCUCGUGGACUCCCUAAAACUGGCUGUGGUCAUGUGGCUUUUGACCUACGUAGGAGCUGUCUUCAAUGGAAUCACCAUUCUCAUCCUGGCUGACAUCCUGCUCUUUGCUUUGCCUCCAGUCUACGAGAAGAACAAGACCCAGAUUGAUCAAUACGUCGACCUGGCACGUACUCAAGUCAACACCACAAUCGCCAAGUUGCAAGAGAAACUUCCUGGAGCUAUGAAGCGCAGCAAAACUGAAUGAUCAACCCCCUCCAUUAGAAACCUCCACAUCACCAUCACCCUCAUCUCCAUCACCAUCUUAAACCCUGUUACCUUCCCCUACCCCUCUCCAGUCAACCCCAGCCUUCAGUCUAACUGCCUCUCCCUAGUCCAGCUACCAUCACCACCCUACUACACUGAACCUUGCUAGGUAGAAAAUCUCUGAGCUACUCGAUAUUCAAUGUAAAACUACUGCGCAGCUUAACUUGCAAGCAUUAGAAAAGAACUGUGCCUGUGCAGACAGGAAGCGCAUCGCUAGCGAGGAAGUGAUGUAACGCCGCAGCGGACCCUGCCUGUCUGUGUGCGUGCCACAGGGGAUGGAGGCAGGGUCGAGUGAACUAGACUGAAUCUAUGACCUGGUUUCGUCGUGUACAGCGAGCGGGGGUGGAUGAUGACUGUUCAUGUCACCAAAAAGCAAAUGUCUGUACUUCAAACCACACAUUUCCCUGAACGUAAAUGGAUCAUUUAAGCUGGAAACAUUAAAGAAGAACAGAAAUUUAAAAAAAAAAAAAAAAAAAAAAAAAGGAAUAAAACCAAUCGUUUGGGACUUAUUGUGGAUAGUCUUAUCCUGCUCUUUUGCUCUACAGUUGUUGUAUGGAUACAUAUGAGUUCAUUUUUAGAAGCUGGUAAUGGGUUUGCUGUUAUUGAUUGGCCUGUUAUUGAGUUUGUUUCCAUUCACCGUACAGGCACUUCUGUAUGUAAAUUUCUACAAUGCACUGAACUUUUAUUUUAUAAGCCCAUGAGCAGGUUGAAAUAAAAGGAUUGGAACACUGA